CUACGUCACUGAUAAUUUUGAGUUCCCCGAACUAAUCUAAUAGUGAAGCUAUAAUUGCAUAAAGAUAGGUAUAAAUGACGAGUGUAGUAAUGAGCUAGGCCUACAAAGCUCGGGAUGUACUUGUACUCCCCGCUCCGAAAUAUUAUUCUCACGUCUCACAACUUUAUACUCAAAACUCGCCAAGAAAUGCUAACUGCAUCAUUCGUCUUGCGCUUAGACACAUGGAUUAUACGGACGCGGGGAACAAACUUACGUAUAUCACAACUACUAGUGUCGCAGGUAUUAAAUUAGUGGAAAGGAGCUCCUUGCGAUUAAGUAGCGAGUGAGCCCUAACCUCACUCGCUCACUCACUCAUCAACCACCUAAUCUCACACCCCCUAACCCACCGCAAUGGCACCCUCAUCCUCACCCCCUCCACGCCCCCGUUUCCGCCUCGAAUUCCGCACCAUAAGCGACGGCCAGGACACCGCGCGCGCCCAAGCCCUCACCCACGCCGGACACCACGCGCACCACAGCACGUUCCCCCAGUUCCCCCUCCUCCCGCCCGAGCUACGCCUCAAGAUCUGGGAGUACCUGUUAGCGCCGCGCAUCGUAGCAGUAGCCUGCAUCGACGACGCCUCGCCACCGGACGACGACGACGACGACGAGCCCCCGUCUCCGUGGCCCUCGUUCCCCGACCUGCAGGUCCCGCCUCCGAGCGCCGUGCCUGCUCUUCUGCUCGUAAACCACGAGACUCGGCAGUUAGCGCUGUCGCGCUACGAACCCGCGUUCGCGUGGAAAGUCCCGUACGUCUUCGUCGCGAACACCCCGUCUCACGGGAGCGCGACGUCCACGACUGCGGCGGCAGCGGCAGCAGCAGCAGCAGCAGCAGCGUGGUCGCGGCCGCGCGUCUGGUUCGAUUAUGAGCGGGACGCGCUGUACCUCGUCGGCGAGCUAGAGCCGUGCGACAGCUACGGGUUCAACAGCGCGAUGGCGUAUUUCCUGCGGCGCGAAGAAGCGCUGCGGGUACGACGGCUGGCGGUUGCGUUCGGCGCCCUGCGGUACGGGGAGGCCGGGUCGCAGCAUAUUUUCGGGGCGCUGUUCCACGUCGUGGAUCGGUUCGCGGGGAUCGAGGGGGGGAGGGUGUUGGUUGCGGUUGUGCCGAGGGAUGAGCUUACGCAUUUUCUGAUAGGGGGGGAAGGGCCGUUGGUGCGUCCGGAGGCCGAGGUAGGGAGUAGUUUUAAGAAUAGGCCAGGGGAUGAGGGGAAUAUUGUGCAGAGGAUCUGGAGGGAUUGGUCUAGGGGCACGUCGACGCUGACGAAUGCGCAGUUCGAGUUGGUCCCGGAGGCGGAUCUGCCAGAGCAUAUCGCGAGGCCGACUAGGUCUGCUACGACUCGACCGUUGCAGUAUCCUCAUUAGGCAACAUUGAAUAUUCAUAGAACAUGGUCAUAUGAUACAAUACGACUACAUGAUUUAUAUACACUGCCCUCUUAGGUUGAGUGGUGACUGGCUAUU